GUGGCCAUUCGACUUUAUGCUGUUAGUUAGUAAUGCAUUCUCGUGGAAAUAAUGCCAACUAGUCGCUAGCCAGUCGGUCAUUGUUGUCCGUGACUUUGGAUGCUCUACUGUUAAUGGUACCAACAAAUUUCGCAUUUUGCUGUUUCCAACAUCACAUAGUUAAGUUACGCUGCUAUCAAGAUGCCAUCUCAUUAUAAGAGGAAGACUGACCAUCAGCAGUCAUGGGAUUCGGAGUCCAUGAAACAAGCAAUACUGUACUGGCUGUGAAGAGAGAAAAAAUGCCAUUUGCAACAGCUGCAAAGUGGUUCAAUGUACCAAGGAAUACUCUGAAACGUAGAGUGCUUGACAAAAAUGUCUAUGCAGUUGAAAUCAAGAAGGUUCUGGGCAAAUAUAGAAAUGUUUUCAGUGAGGAACAAGAACAGGAGCUUUGCGAAUAUAUCAUUGACAUGGAGAGACGUUUCUAUGGGUUGACUCAAAAUGAACUUCGGUGUGCUGCCUACAGCCUUGCAGAAAAAAAUAAGAUUCUACACACAUUCAACCAUGAGAAGAAGAUGGCUGACAAGGAUUGGGUAGCCGGUUUUAAGAAGAGGCAUCCUUCCAUCAGCCUGAGGACACCUGCAGCAGCAUCCCUAGCAAGAGCUCAAGGAUUCAACAAAGUGAAUGUGUGCAAAUUCUUCGACAUUUUAAAGACUGUUCUAGACAAUCAUUCGUUUCCUGCUCAUAGAAUUUACAACUGUGAUGAAACAGGACUUUUAACCGUUCAAAGUAGAAGUACAAAAGUUUUUGCUUUAAAAGGCAGGCGGCAGGUGGGAGCAAUCACUUCUGCUGAUAGAGGUCUACUCUCAACCUUCGAAGUAUGCAUGUCUGCUGGGGGAACUUUCAUACCUCCUUUUGUAAUAUUUCCCAGGAAAAAUAUGAAAGCAGAGCUGACAGAUGGAGCUCUCCUGGCUCAGAAUUUGCAUGCACUCAAAGUGGCUGGAUGCAAGCAGAUAUUUUUUAAAAAUGGUUUGAACACUUCCUGAAUCAUUCAAAGCCUUCAGCAGAGUCACCGGUGCUCAUAUUGGACGGGCAUGCCACACACACUAAGAAUAUUGAUUUCAUCAACAUGGCCAGAGAAAAUCACACGACUGUGAUAUGCUUGCCUCCCCAUUGCAGCCACAAACUUCAGCCUCUGGAUGUAUCCUUCAUGGCACCCUUCAAGGCAUAUUACAUUCAAGAGUGUGAAAAGUUUCUGAGGAAUAACCCUGGACGAGCCAUCACAUAGUUUCAAAUCAGCAGACUCCUUGGUGAAUCUUUUUUGAGAGCAGCUGUGCCCUCAACAGCCAUCAAUGGUUUCCGGAAAUGUGGAAUUUUCCCAUUCAAUCCAGAUGUUUUCCGUGAUCAUGACUUUCUACCAGCUGAUGUGACUGACAUCCCAAUUAUGGAAGAGAAAAAAGAAAAUCAAGAAACAAAAGAAGAUUCUGGACCUAGUGGUGUGAAUGAAGAUAUGAAUAGAAGCUCAUUCAAUGUUUCUCCUAGAGAAAUUUUCUUCCAAAAAAAUCCCAGAUUGUGCCAAAAAGGCAAAACAGAAAAAAAGGAAAGACAGCAGUCAUAACAGGAAAUCCUUACAAAAAUGAGUUAUUGGGGAGAUGCAGAAGAGACAGGAGAAUGUCAAUAAAAAGAUCCAGAAAAGGAAUGAAAAGAGAAAUAUUGCGCCAAAACAGAAGGAAAAGGGAGCAGUUUCUAGAAAUGUAGGCAAAUCAAAAAACCCGAAAACAAAAAAAAUUAAUCACCAAAAAAAUUGAAGAAUGAAAGGAAGAAGAGAAUUUAUUCUACAUCAGAAGACGAGAAUGAUGAAGAGUGGGUGCCUUCUGAGAAUGAAGAUCAAAACAUUCCUUUAGAAAGUGAGGACCAUGAGAUGCCUUCAGCAGAAAUUGAUGACAACAGGACUUCAAAAAAGCCAAGCCAAGAACUUCAUACUGAGUCAUUAGAUUCAGACAAUAUUGACAGUCAAGAUCUUCUACAGCAAGCAGAAGAUUUUUGUGCCAGCCUCAAACAGGGAGAAGAGUUUCUCACAACUGAAGAUGAUAUUCGACAGGAGUUAGAAUAAAUACUUCAAGAAUAGGCAAUUUAAUGGUAUAAGGCUAUAAUUAUUAUAUUGUAAAAUUAUUAAAAUAAACAAUAAAUAUGAAUGGAGUAUUGUAAUAAGUGUUCUUUUUUGAACUAAUUCAACACUUUCAUGCUUGGAUUUUGGAGGCGGGUAAAGCGGCCAGGUUGUGGCCACUUUACCCAACCUUGGAGGGUAGAGUGGCCAUUUAGCACAUUUUUAAUUCUAUUAUUGAAAUCAGAUGAAUAAUGAAAUUUCAGAUAUAACAC